AUGUGCAAUCCCAGGACUUCGAGUUAUUGUGAAAUGAGCCUGUAUUUAGGAUCUAAUUCACCUUCAGCUGCAAUUCAGAGGCUAUGGCAGGGAAUCGGAAAGUGGGUUAUUCAAUGCCAGGAUAAAUCAGGGUGGAAAGUUGGAGAAGGCGGAAUCUGCAAUCCCCUCUUCCCUGUCGAGGUAGAGGUGGGAAACUAUAGAGACAACUGGAAUGGGUUGAGCGUUACCGGACCGACGAGACUAGGUGGUGAAGCAACCUUGCCUGAAGCUGGGUCGGGUGGGGACGAAGGUUUUGUCUCUGCUAUGAAUGUCGCACACUUCGACCGGAAAACAUUAUGCACUGUGCGCCAAGCAGGAAGUCGGGAAGUGAGACUACUUGAAUGGCAAUCAAUAGUUGAGAAGAAAGAACGCCGCAAGCGAUUUCAAAUAGUGUAUGUCCCACAAUCUCUAAAGGUGGGUACAUUCACCCAGUGGUUCCAAUCGCGUGGGUUUGGAACCCGUGAACCACGACCUGGGCAAUGGAGAAAAGGAUUUGGAUCAUUUUUGGCUACUCCAGCAAUAUUAAAUAUGCUUGUCAUAUUCGAGCCUUGA